AUGGUGCAGGAGCCGGGGCGGGCGGCGGGCGGAGGAAGGUUGGAGUCCAGCGUCGCUCCGCCGCUCUGCUCCUGCCCGCCCCCACCGGCACCGCCGGCUCGCUGCCCGCGGGGAACUCGUCGCUUGUCGGAAACCGUUUCCGGGCUGCGGCGGAGCGAACGCUCAAGUGCGGGAGGCCGGGGGAGGCUGCGGGCCGCCGCUUCCCUGCCUCACAUCGCCCGGGGGCGGGGUGCGGAGGAGGGCGGCGGCGGGGGGCGGCGGAGCAGCCCCUGCUUGCUUGUGGCGCUGCGGCCCCGCAACGUGGAGGCGGAACGGGAGCGGUUCUUCCGCGCCAGCUUCGCCUAUGACCCGCAGUUCGAGUACGCGGAGCCGCUGCCUGCCGCCGUUCUGGACAAGUACGGGGCCGCCUCCGAUCGCUUCGUGACUCAGGCCCUCAGAAUCCUCCGGGCGGUCCUGGAGAAGUAUGGUACCUACGAGAGCUUCGAAAUGGCCACGGGUGGAAGGCUGCUGAGCAAGUGUCAGAUCUGGUCCAUCAUCCGCAAGUACCUGCAGAAGGAAGGCUGCCUGGGAGAGGUAGUGGUGCAGCUCACAGAUGACCUCCUGUCCCAGGCAGUGAUGAUGGUUGAAGACAGUCGUCCAACACUGGCCAUCAACCUGGCCGGAGCCCGGCAGCACUGGCUGGAGGGGAUGCUGCGCCAUGAGAUAGGCACUCACUACAUCCGGGGGGUGAACAACACCCGGCAGCCCUGGCGCAGCUUGGAGGGCCGCAAGCAGUACAGACUGAAGCCUGCGAACCCCACGGAGGAGGGCCUGGCGAGCCUGCACAGCGUCCUGUUCCGCAGGCAGCCGUUCCUGUGGCGCGCAGCGCUGCUGUACUACACUGCGGAGCGCGCCGGGCGCCUCUCCUUCUCCGCCCUCUUCCGCGACCUCGAGCAGUUCGUGCAGGACGCCGCCGUGCGCUGGGAGUACUGCGUGCGGGCCAAGCGCGGACAGACAGACACCUCCCGCCCAGGCUGUUUCAGCAAGGACCAGGUGUACCUGGAUGGGAUCCUGCGCAUACUGCGCCAUCGGCAGACCAUCGACUUCCCACUGCUGGCUGCACUUGGAAAGGUCUCCUACGAAGACGUGAACCGGCUGAAGGAGUUCGGGGUGCUGGAGAAGGCCAGGAUCCCCCACUUCAUGCAGGACCUGGAACGCUACAUGAAGCAGCUGGACCACAUCCUGGCCACCAACGGCCUCAAUGAGGAGGAGCUGGAGCAGCUGCUGCCCGACUGA